AUGCCGGGACGGAAGUCGGGUCAGCGGGUCCAAGGCCAGUGCCCUCCACGCUGUCCGCUCGCUCCAGCCCCACCUGGCUCCGGGACCUUGACAGCCCGAUCGCGGGAACCGAGUCCCUUCGCCCCGCCCCGCCCCUAUGUCAGAGGCCACGCCCUCUCGCUGGCCCCGCCCCGGCCGCCGUCCUCGCCGCGCUUCCCCGAGGUCGUUCCCACUCUGGAGGCCCCCUCCUUCCCUGGCCACGCCCCUCUCGUCGAGGCCCCGCCCCGACUCUGGAACCCAGCCGCUGUCCUCUCCAUCACGGCCGUCGUCCUCGCCUCGCUCCCCCGAGCUCCGCCCCACUGCCGAGGCCACGCCCCUUCUCACCGAGACCCCGCCCCGGACCGGCCGCGGCCCUCGCCUGGCUUCCCGACCGAGGGCGUUCCCGCCGCCGAGGCCCCGCCCUCCGGCCCCGCCCCGGCUCUCGCGAGACGUCUCGCCUCCCGCGGGGCGCGGGGCCGACGGGAGGUCGGCGCGGCGGCGGCGCUGUGGUCGCGGGCCGGGGCCGGGUCCGGGUCGGCGCGGGGCCGGCGGGUGGCGCUGACGGCGCUGGGCGUGCUGGCGGCGGGGGGCGCGGGGCUGGCGGCGGCGCUGCAGUCGGCCGUGAGCGCCAGCGACCUGGAGCUGCACCCGCCGGGCUACGCGUGGACGCACCGCGGCCUCCUCGCCUCGCUGGACCACGCCAGCAUCCGCCGCGGCUUCCAGGUGUACAAGCAGGUGUGCUCGUCGUGCCACAGCAUGGACUACGUGGCCUACCGCCACCUGGUCGGCGUGUGCUACUCCGAGGAGGAGGCCAAGGCGCUGGCCCAGGAGGUGGAGGUGCAGGACGGCCCCAACGACGACGGCGAGAUGUUCAUGCGGCCCGGGAAGCUGUCCGACUACUUCCCCAAGCCCUACCCGAACCCCGAGGCGGCCCGCGCCGCCAACAACGGGGCGCUGCCCCCGGACCUCAGCUACAUCGUCAGGGCCAGGCACGGAGGCGAGGACUACGUCUUCUCUCUGCUCACCGGCUACUGCGACCCUCCCACCGGCGUGUCUCUGCGCGAGGGGCUCUACUUCAACCCCUACUUCCCCGGCCAGGCCAUCGGCAUGGCCCCUCCCAUCUACAACGAGGUCUUGGAGUUCGACGACGGCACCCCGGCCACCAUGUCCCAGGUGGCCAAAGACGUGUGCACCUUCCUGCGCUGGGCGUCGGAGCCCGAGCACGACCAUCGCAAGCGGAUGGGGCUCAAGAUGCUGAUGAUGAUGGGCCUGCUGCUGCCCCUGGUCUACGCCAUGAAGAGGCACAAGUGGUCAGUCCUCAAGAGCCGGAAACUGGCCUAUCGACCGCCCAAAUGAUCCUGUUCGAGGCCUGCUUGCUCUCCUGCCUUGACAGGAGCUACCGUCAUCAGGCCACCGUGGCCAGGACCCUUUUCCUCGGAUACGUGAGGCAAGGGGGCAGGAGCCUGAGCUCAGACUCCAGAAACUUUAGCCCCAAUCAUGGGAAUAAAUUAAGUUUCUCAAAACACACAA